UGUCAAUCGCUAGUCGUAAGUAAAUUAAAUGGAUAUUGACAAUUAAUAUACCGUUAAAUGUAUAUGUAAUAUAAAGUAUUUUAAAAUUAAAAUUGCUAUAAGCGAAUUCCAGUUUGUGUAAAAAUGGCAGUUACAGCUGCUGCCCAGCUCCUAGAUGAGCUAAUGGGUAGAAAUAGAAAUGUAGCGCCAAAUGAAAAAGUUAGGGAAGUUGAUUGGGAAGAUAGUGAAUUUUGCCAAUACUACUUGGUCAAGUUUUGUCCACAUGAUUUAUUUGUAAAUACGAGAAAUGACCUAGGCAUGUGUCCCAAAGUUCAUGAUGAAGAAGCUCGAAAGCUAUUUCAUAAAGUCAAAACUCCACAUUACAAAAAACUACAGUACCAGAAAGAUUUUCUUCGUUUUUGUCGCACCAUGAUGUAUGAUGUAGAACGGAGAAUUGUCAAAGGUAAGCAAAGAUUAGCCUUAAGUGCAAGUUCUAAAGAAACCGCCUCAUCUUCUACACAAAGCCCAAAUCAAGAGCAGAUCAAGAUCUUAAAUGAGAAGAUAGAAGAUUUGGAAGCACAGGCAGAGCAAGCUGGUAUAGCAGGUAAAGUAGAACAUGCUCAAGGUAUUUUAAAGCUAUGUGAUCAACUUAAAGAAGAUAGGGACAUCAUUUUAAAGCAUUCUGAGAGCCAAGUUAGUUUGACAGCAGAACUUGCAUCAGCACAAGAAAAAAUUAUGGAGGUGUGUGAAGUUUGUGGAGCAUUUCUUAUUGUGGGAGAUGCUCAGCAGCGUCUAGAAGAUCAUCUAAUGGGGAAACAACAUAUGGGUUUUACAAAACUGAAAACAGCAGUAGAUGAAAUAUCAGAGUUAGUGGCAGAGACAAAGGAACUGAUGUAUGGUGGAAGAUCUACAGAUAAUAAAGAUCGAGAAACAGAACAUAAAGCUCACAGAGGUAAUAGGUUUAAGGAUAAUCACAGGGAGAAGAAAAAAGAAAAAACAUUGAAUGGUGAUUCAGAAGUUUCAAAAGAUAGGGAAGAGAAGGAAAAGGAAGAUGAAAGAGAUAGAAAAGCAAGGGAGAAAUGGAGAUCAGAAGAUAGGAAUGAUAAACGAGAUUCUCAUAGAGAUAGAGAGCCCCAUAGUGACAGAGAUAGGGACCAUUACAGAGAUAGGGAAAAAGAAAGAAGACAUAGAGAAUCUUCUCGUCAUCAUCAUUACAGUCACCAUAGACGUAAACAUUGAUUAGGUAUAUUAUUAUUUAUUUGUUAACUCUAGAUAAAUAGAAAGUUCUCAGUUAGUAACCAGAGAAAUGCAGGUUAGUGAAUAUUACAAACAUUUAAAGAUUAAUAAAUUUAAUUUAAUAGUUUUACAUUGUACAAUGUAGUUGAAUAUACCUUGCAAAUAAU